AUGGAAAAUGAAACGCUGAGCGCUGUCGGAAGCCGAAGCGCAAAGCAGCUCCGGUUCGGCUCGAAAGGUUCGCCAGCGACCCCACAGGUGCAGCGAAACGCGACGAAAGGCGGAUUUGGGGAGCGUGGCUGGAUGAAGGACAAGGUCGAGAUGAUGGUGGGAUUGUACAAGGUUCCAAGACCUCGUCGGUGCAACUUCUUCCAGAAACAGACAGUCGGCCAGAAGACAGUCACCUGCAGGACGUUCCGAAAAGAAGCUCAAAUCUUUCAGCGGAAAUCGAGCGCGUGGCUUUUUGCGCGAGACCGAGCUGUUGGUGUCAGGGUCCUUUGGAAACCGAAUUGA